UAUUUAUAAUUGAAGAGCUCCUAUGUUCAUCCAUCCACAACAAACAAGUUUCAUUGAUUUUGUUUCCACAAUGGUUCUCUCCAAGACCUCCUCCGAGUCCGAUGUCUCUGUCCACUCAACCUUUGCUUCUCGUUAUGUCAGAACUUCACUUCCAAGAUUCAAGAUGCCGGAGGAGUCGAUACCAAAGGAGGCAGCAUACCAAAUAAUAAACGAUGAAUUGAUGCUGGAUGGAAAUCCAAGACUGAAUCUUGCAUCAUUUGUGACAACAUGGAUGGAACCUGAAUGUGAUAAACUCAUCAUGGCUUCCGUUAACAAGAAUUAUGUUGACAUGGAUGAAUACCCUGUCACCACUGAACUCCAGAAUCGAUGUGUUAACAUGAUAGCUCAUCUUUUUAAUGCACCACUUGAAGAGACUGAGGCUGCAGUUGGUGUUGGCACUGUUGGCUCAUCAGAAGCUAUAAUGUUAGCUGGAUUGGCAUUCAAAAGAAAGUGGCAGAACAAAAGAAAACAACAGGGAAAACCUUACGACAAUCCUAACAUUGUUACUGGAGCCAAUGUUCAGGUUUGUUGGGAGAAAUUUGCAAGGUACUUUGAGGUGGAGCUGAAAGAGGUGAAACUAUGUGAAGGAUACUAUGUAAUGGAUCCUGAAAAGGCUGUGGAAUUGGUGGAUGAGAACACUAUUUGUGUAGCUGCUAUUCUUGGUUCGACAUUAAAUGGAGAGUUUGAAGAUGUGAAACGCUUAAAUGAUCUCCUAGUUGAAAAGAAUAGAGAAACUGGAUGGGAUACACCUAUUCAUGUGGAUGCAGCUAGUGGUGGAUUCAUUGCUCCAUUUAUUUAUCCAGAGCUUGAGUGGGAUUUCCGUUUACCACUUGUGAAAAGCAUCAAUGUUAGUGGUCACAAAUAUGGUCUUGUCUAUGCUGGUAUUGGUUGGGCUAUUUGGAGAAGCAAGGAAGAUUUGCCUGAUGAACUCAUCUUUCACAUCAACUAUCUUGGAGCUGAUCAACCUACUUUUACACUCAACUUCUCCAAAGGUUCAAGCCAAGUUAUUGCUCAAUACUACCAACUAAUUCGCCUUGGUUAUGAGGGGUACAAAAAUGUGAUGGAAAAUUGCAGAGACAACAUGCUAGUACUAAAAGAAGGACUGGAAAAAACAGGACGCUUCGACAUUGUGUCGAAAGACAAUGGUGUUCCUUUAGUGGCCUUCACAUUGAAGGACCACACACACUUUGAUGAAUUUCAAAUAUCGGACUUGUUGCGUCGCUUCGGAUGGAUAGUUCCGGCAUACACAAUGCCUCCAGAUGCACAACACGUAACUGUGUUACGUGUUGUCAUAAGGGAGGACUUUUCGAGGACAUUAGCGGAGCGUCUUGUGGUGGAUGUUGAGAAAGUGUUGCAUGAGCUUGAUUCACUUCCAUCAAGGAUGAUAAAUAGGAGCAGCAGCACUAGUGUUGCAGUUAAUGAAAUAGUUGUGAAAAAUGACACUGAUCAACUAGUGGCUGCUAAAAAGAGUGCUUUGGAGACACAAAGGGAAAUCACUGCUGUUUGGAAGAAGUUUGUGUUGGAGAGGAAGAAGUUGAAUGAUAAGAUGAAUGGUGUUUGUUAAAUUCAACUCUUAUCUGCCUUAAUACAUUUUUAUUUGGUUUAGGCAGUAAUUACAUUUUUAUUGAGUUAAAUCAUUUUAAACCAUUUACAUCCUUCUCUAUGUUCAGUGGUUGCAAAAAUAAAAUGGACUUGUUUUCAUAUUUAUACUUUA